AGGAGAGCAGCUAUUCCUGGUCAAGGAGGAGAUUUUCAAUCCUAGAAUAAGCUUUUGUGCUUGAACUAUAGAUAUGGAGCUAAGAUACACUUGGAGCAGUUAUCAGUCAGGAUUUUAGAUUUCUUCAAUUUGGCUAUAGAUAAGCAUUCCAGUAUUGAUGCGGCACUGGGAAUUCUUAUGCAGAACUGAAAUUCCUUCGAAUGAGUUUGACCCUCAGAAGCCCUUGCCAGUAUGUCUUCAGCCAAUAGCUCAUGUAUUCACCCCUCAUCCUUCCUGCUGCUGGGAAUCCCAGGACUGGAAAAUAUACAUUUCUGGCUUGGCUUCCCAUUUGGUAUAGUGUAUCUGGUUGCCCUCCUAGGGAAUGCCAUCAUCCUAUCUGUGAUCCAGUUGGAGUGCAGCCUUCACCAGCCCAUGUUCUACUUGUUGGCCAUGUUGGCUCUGACUGAUUUGGGCCUGUCCACUGCCAGCAUUCCUAAAAUGCUGGGCAUAUUCUGGUUUGGCUUCAAUGAGAUUGCCUUUGGGGACUGUUUAGUGCAAAUGUUCUUCAUACACCUCUUCACAGGCAUUGAAACAUUCAUGCUUGUAGCCAUGGCUUUUGAUCGCUACGUUGCCAUUUGCCACCCUCUUCGAUACAACGCGAUCCUCACCAACAGAGUAAUUUGUAUUAUUGCUGGAGUAGGAAUAAUGAAAAAUUUUGUUUUGGUUUUUCCACUUAUAUUUCUCCUUUUAAGGCUUUCAUUCUGUGGACAUAAUAUUAUACCGCACACCUACUGUGAACACAUGGGCAUUGCCCGCCUGGCCUGUGUCAGCAUAAAGGUCAAUAUAUUAUUUGGAUUGAUCCUUAUCUCUAUGAUACUUUUGGACGUAAUUUUGCUUGCUCUCUCCUAUGUAAAGAUUCUCCAUGCUGUCUUUAAACUUCCAUCCUGGGAGGCCAGGUUCAAAGCUCUCAAUACCUGUGGCUCCCAUGUGUGUGUAAUAUUAGCUUUCUUCACUCCAGCCUUUUUCUCCUUUAUGACUCAUCGAUUUGGCCACAAUAUUCCACGUUCUACCCAUAUCCUCCUGGCUAAUUUAUAUGUGAUUAUCCCCCCUGCUCUUAACCCCCUUAUUUAUGGGAUAAGAACCAAGCAGAUCCGAGAUCGAGUAGCAGUGGUCUUUUUUUUUAAGGAAGUUUGCCUUUGAACACUUGAUCUGAUGAUAGCCUUCAAAUCUUUCCUUUGCAUUCUUAAAAAAGGGAAAUUUAAUUGUCAUCAAGUUCCAACGGAGUAAAUGCUUUACAUAGUUUGAUGUUAAACAGAAAAUACUUUCUUAUAUGCAGUAUCAAAUUGAAGAUAAAUUAAUAGCAAAUAUUUGUCCCUAGACUAAAUGAAAAUGUAUUGUUACAUAAAUAGGUACAUUUAUUUUUGUAAUGAAUAUAAAAAUCAUAUUACAGUGAUAAAGUUUUAAUGCAACUUGAGGCUUGGUGGCUCACACCUGUAAAAAGCUCCUCAGUGGUUCUUUAUAAUUUCCCCCUCCCCAUCACCUGUCCACAGGCAACCAUUGACCUUCUUUCUAACUUUUAGAUAAUUAGUUUGCCUUUUCUAGAAUUUUAUGUAAAUAAAAUACAUAUUUAUUUCUAGCUAUUUUGACACAUUAUUAUUAUUUUCAGAUGCAUUUUUUAGUAUAGCAAAUGCAUGCCAGUAACAAUUAUUUAUUAUCAUUAUCAAAUAUUAUAUACUGCGCAUAAUUGUGUGUGCUAGAUUUUUAUACUAGACUGGCAAUGCAGUAGGUUUGUUUACACCAGCAUCACCACAACCACUUGCAAAGUGUUGUGCUACAUUAUAAUUACUACAAUGCCACUAGGUGAUAGAAUUUUUUUUCACCUUCAUUUUUGUUAUUGUGUAUAUUAAUAGUUAAUUUUAUUUUGUUGCUAACCCCUAUGCAGUUGUAUGACUAUGCCACAAUUUGCUUAACCAUUCACUCAUUGAUAAACAUUAGGUUUAGGGUAUUAUAAAGCCUCUAUGAAUCUCCAUAUAUAAAUCCUUGAUGAAUACCUGUUUUAAAAAUUUAUUUUGCAUAAAUACCUAGAAUUCUAUUGGUUGGGUCAUAUGAUAUAUACGUGUGUGUGUGUGUGUGUGUGUGUGUGUGUGUAACAUUUUUAAAACAAGGCUGUUUCCCAAAGUCUUUAUUCCAUUUUGCAUUUCCACUAGCAGCCUAUGGAAAUUCCAGUUGCUCUAUAUUUUUUUUAACAUUUGGUAUGGCUUACCUUUUCAAUUUUAAUAGAGUGUAAUGAUGCCUUGUGGUUUCAAUUUGCAUCGUUUUAAUAACUAGUGAUGUUGAGCACCUUUUCAUGUGCAUCCUGGCCAUUCAUAUAACCUUAUGAAACAUAUAUUCAAGUUUUAUCUUCAUUUUUCAA